AGCUACAUUCGCGUGUUCUAGCAUGUUUGGAUGCUUUUCAAGUUGCAAAUUGCGUAGCGUUUCUAUUUUUUGCAUUACAAAAAAGAAACACACACACAGUACGGCGGCGAAAGUGUGCUAGCGGAGAAUUGGUUGUGCGAAAAGAAAAGCAUAGCAACAACGGCACAUACAAGCCUACUGGUGCUGUGUGGAAAAGUGUUCUUUUUUUUUGCUCGUGUGUGCUUGUGCGCUCGUAUGAAGCACAUACCGCGGAGGACAGUGGAACACAUUCCAAGCAGGAGGCCGUACAUGGCGACUCCCAAAAGGUGACGGUGUACGUGACUGUAUGAACGUCGGUUCCUUUUCCGGAUGUGCGUUGUACCGUCGUACCGCAUUGUAGUGAGCGUAAAUAAUUCCCGAAUGUCAAAGAACCAUAAUCAAAAACAUUGUGUUUUGUCGAAUGUCCUUUCGCUAGUUGAAACAUAUCGCAGGAGCAUCCCCCGUUCACACAAUGGCGCUGAGAGCGAAUGUGUGUGUGCUCUGGAGUGCGCUACUGUGCGAGUGUGCGUGUGUGUGUGCGGGUAGCAGUUGUUCCGUACGGGGUAGCAGCCGUGAGAUGGGAAAGUUCUAGUAAUGUAAACACUCCACAAACGCGGAAACAGAAACAACGAACCCCGAGUGAGAAACGAUUGUUGCAUUUUGCUUUGGAGAACACCCCUUCCAGUGGUGAUUGAUUGUUUUGGCUGCCAGAAUUGAUUUAGGUUAUGGUGCGUGAAAACCAGAAUCGCAAAGUGAAGCACGAUCGACAAACGGUUUAAGCGCCACGAAACUCACGGACGACAGUGCUGAGAAAGAAAGUUUGGCAAAUCACGGUGCGCGCAGCGAUUUUUCUGUUGAUGAAGCAGAAUAGCGCCGCAACGUGAGAGAAAGCAUCAUCGCGCGCAACGUGCCGGCGGCAACGAGGACGACGGGGAAAGGAAACCGCACGCCUGUCGCGGGUGUGCGCGGGGUGUAAAAGUGGAGGGCAAAACCACCCUCUUUUUGCCGCUGUGUUCGACCUCUCCACCACCACCAACCUUGUGCUUCGCCUACGGCCGAACGAACCAGACGAACUGGAACAGCCACAGACCGCGGGCCAAUCUCCACCAUCCGAUCGUGCAUAGGGCGCGAUCUUCUCCUCAACAUAACAAUCCGUGUGUCAGUGGAAUAAAGAAGAAGAAGAGGAAGAAGCAGAAGCAGGAGAAGAGGGCAAAGAAGUGAACUAUAACGAAACACACUCAGGAUCUCACAGACUAUGGAUCCAAUGUUCUUUCCACCCUCCAAUGGAGUUCCUUCAGAGAGCAAACUGGCCACGUACAUGAGUCGUCAAAAUGGAACGACAGCUGCGUACGGACUGCCGAUGGGUCUCUCCAAGAUUACACUCGAUUCUCCUAUAUCGCUCAAAAAAACACAGGUGACCCCACAGUCGCCCGAAUUCAUUCCAAACAAUCGACUGAGCACAUCCUCGUCGCCGAACUUCUACUCGUCCUAUUCGAUACUUAGCAGCAACAAUGGCACCGCCGGCAGUAACGGUACGGUCGUGGCCACCGCCCAACCGUCCCAACAAUCGACUGUCGUCCCGUCGGUCAUGUCCUCGGUGGUAAAGAGCACCGUCAGUAACGGUGGCUACGUUGGACCCGGUGGUGGUGGUGGUGGUGGUGUUGGCGGUGGUGUUGGUAGCAGCGCUGUUCCCGGCAACAUACUGGCCGGUGCACUUAGCAGCACAUCCGCUUUUGCGAUCACUCCAAUCAAGGGACGAAACCUGCUGCGAAACGAAUCACCGCAAAGUACUAAUACAUCCCCUCGUAUUACGCCCCAACCUUCACCACCGCCAAUUACCACCAACAUUCAUCAAGAAAAUGUUGGUGGCACUACGUACUUUUACCCAACGGCAGCCAACCAUCAAUUAACGCCGAGCAGUACAGUUAACACGACUGAUAACUCCUUUGCCCAUAUAGCAAGCUCACAAAUUAAUCUAAGUUAUACACAUCCAGGACACGUUUACCCGGGACCUGCAUCGCAUGUUAUCAAUAUGCAGUCGAAGGCACAGGUGUCGGCUGCCUUCUUCAUGCAGGACGAGCUGAGGAAUGAUAUUUUAACGCGGAACGAAAUCGUCAACAGUAUCGAAAACGACAGUCAAGAUAUACCUCUUGAAGUGGAAAACUAUCACUCGCUGUGUUUGCUCGAGUCAUUGCCGCUUCAUCCGAAGCUUCCACUACCGUCGUCCACGUACCGGGCAACGCAUGCCGUGACCGGCGUCAAGUACUGUCUACGGCGUCUUCACGGUUUCCGUCUACAGUCCACCAAGUGUAUGCAGGUGGUGGAUAAAUGGAAAAAACUACAACACUCAAACAUUGUGCAGCUACGAGAAGUGUUUACUACGAAAACUUUUGGUGAUAAUUCUUUAGUAAUAGUGUACGACUAUCAUCCCGGCUCACAAACGCUGCUAUCGAAGUACUUCGCAUCCGUACCGGAAACGAAUGGUUACACUGAUCCGUUCUCCGGCGAAGCUCGUCCUUUUAGCCACAAAAGUUCUCUACAUCGUACGGCCGCAACGUCACUCCUGCCGGAAAAUGAAAUAUGGUCAAUUAUCAUACAGCUGAGUGCGGGUUUACGUGCGAUACAUCAGGCUGGAUUAGCUUGCCGAACGUUGGAUCCGACAAAAAUCAUUGUGACUGGCAAACGGAUACGAUACAGCUGCGUGGGCAUAUCGGAUAUUUUCACCUUCGAUCCUAACCAACAAAAUCAGCUGUCGGUUUUAGAUCAUCAACAACAGGAGGAUCUUCUGGCACUAGGAAAGCUAAUACUAGCGUUAGCUUGCCGUUCCUUACAAUCGGUCCAACGGGAUCAAAUUCAAAGCAGCGUCGAGCUAGUAUCCCGUCAUUACUCUUCAGAUCUUAGAAACAUUUUAAUAUGUCUUCUGAAUACAAGCACCCGCCGUUCGGUGACGGAGAUCAUGCCCAUGAUCGGUGCCCGAUUUUAUGUGCAGCUCGAUGCACUCCAAGCCCAAUGUGAUAUUCAGGAGGAUGAGCUAGCGAAGGAGAUGGAAAAUGGUCGACUUUAUCGGCUGCUUGUGAAGCUCGGUUGCAUCAACGAACGACCAGAGCUCAACCUGGACGUAACGUGGUCCGAAACUGGUGAUCGUUACAUGUUGAAACUGUUUCGCGACUAUCUCUUCCACACCGUCACCGAGGAUGGACGUCCGUGGCUGAAUCAGUCCCAUAUCGUACAGUGCCUCAACAAGCUGGACGCAGGCACGAUGGAAAAGGUACAACUUAUGUCCCGUGACGAACAAUCAGUAUUAGUAGUGACCUAUGCUGAGCUGAAGCACUGUCUCGAUCAGGCAUUUUCCGAGCUGGUAGCAGCCAGCGAAGGUUCCGUCUAGUGGCCAACCAGCUUCUCCACGGUGACACGGUGCGCCGGAUGAAUGGUAGUAGUACCCUUUAUCACCUUUAUCGCGUUAUUCGGUACCAAUAGCUUUUUCGUACGGUAUCUUUACGUUUUCCUACCACUACCCACCAACCGUCCGUCUCUCGCAAUUGUUUUGGGUUUUGAGGGUACAUAUACAAAUGUGUGUAAUUUGUUUUUAUUUUCUAUUCUUCAGUUUACUUGCAACUUCCCAUGUAUUUCGCCCCGAUAUGUGCAUCAAUACCGGCAAAGGCAAUGUGAAGAACUACGACGAAAAAACCUUUUAUUGUUUCGUCAUGCUUCAUCACUGCUUUGUGUAUCCGUUGCUAUAUAAGAUAGAAAGUGAAAAAAGGAAGAAAACAACUAUUUAUGUUUUUAGGCAGCAUCAGGAAAGAAGAAACCUACCGUGUAUGAUGGCAUGAUAUGAUGACCCUAUGAAGCAAAGGAAAUCAUACGCAAGUUUAAUAUGAUACCCCCCCUCGUAAAAGUUAUAGACUGAUUGAAGAAUACAAAACAAGAAAACACAUUAGUAAAUGUAUGUACAACAACGACUUCAAGGUGUGAGUUGUCAGGUGUGAUACAAUAUAUAGUAUAAACCAGCUCUUAUACAUGGUUGGUUUUGCUCUGGAGAAGAAAACAAUAACCAAACAAAGCAGCAGAUCACACGGCUGGUUAAAGUGAAAAGAAAAAUUUAACAUUUGUUUUCCCUUUUUUUGAUGCAUGAAGAUGAGAUAGGUUUUUUUCGAUUUGUUAUGAUAUUCUUUCGAUAAUAUGUUGCCCUACGGAAUCUGAACUGGUGAAUGAGUUGCAGUUCAAAGGCGUCGAUUGGCGGAAGAUUAAUUUCAACAAACCUGAGAUAAGUAAAACUGCUAAAGUCACCUUUCACCCAUUACUUAUAGACUUUGUGCUAUGACGAUACACCUGGUAAGGGCGAUGAAAAUAUCGUUUCAGAAGAGAAAAAGUUCCUGAACCGAUUUUUGGAAGGUAGGGAGAAGGGGCAUAUUGAUAGUAUUGUGUAUGUGUUUUUUUUUUUACUUUUUUCUGUUAUAUUAGAUCUCGAGAGUUUGCGAAGCUGAAAACCACACUACAAACAUACAUACACAACAAAACAUUUAUACACAAGCGAAAGCAUACAAAACUUUGUUUGCAUACGAAUGCAUACUAGCUCUAAGAUAUGAUGCGUUUUAGGCGUUCGAAGGAACGAAAUGUGAGCUAAAGGAAUUAAGGUAAUGCGUAAUAGGCAUGUGCAAACACGGUACAGAACGUAAACAAAACAAAAGUGUGUGAACGCAUAUUAGGAAAGCAAAACUUAAUGCAUAAUGUUUUUUUUUUGUUCGUUUGCUUGUGUUUUUCUCAUCGUCCAUUUCCUCCACUGUUCAGUUAAAUUUAUAUGCGUAAUUUUGUUUGUUUUGUUUUGCCAAUUUAGUUGUCCUGUCGUAAAUAUAUACACCUUUUUUUUAGUACAAUUUCAACGUAAGACUGUUGCUUUUGAAAGCGUUUUUGUUUCUCUGGUGCGAUCGAAUCCUGGCGGUUCGUUUGAAGAUCGGGUAAAAUUUGUGGAGCUUCUGUUUAGAAGAGAUAAACCUCUUUUGCCGUAUACAAUAAUCCGUUGAUCCGUUGACUGUCCUUCCACUGCUGCGUGCUUUACGAACCAUAAGUUCGAUUCGUACUGGUUUGGUGGAAGCAAAAGCAGCAAAUGGCAGUGGUGAUUUUUAGCGAAUCGCAUCAGAAAGUGUGGCAGCGUGCAUCAUAAUGGGAAACACGGUUGAAGCAAGCGAUUCAUAGUUUAGUAAGUGGACUUACACACACAUAUAUGAAGAAAUCAGAGAGCAGCUUAACAUGUAACGUGAAUGUGAAGGAUAUACCUAAGAACGCAGCAAAGCAGGAAAAAAAGAAGAAGAUGCGUUUCGUAAUUCGAUUCUGACCGUAGAAUGAAAAAGGCGUAACAAGGAAAACAGGCCGUAUUGCAGCAUGCAUGAAUUACUAUUACUUAUAUCUUAUCAAAGUAAAAUUACACACACACGAGCGAUGAAAGGAAGAAAUGGAAGCAAACUGUGUGCUUAAUUCGUACUUCCGAAAACACACACAACAAAACAAACUCUGCACACAGCUAAAGGAGCUAAAACGAAACGAGUUGCAUGGUAAAACAGACAUGAGAACGAUAGAGCGCAGAGCCGUUUGUUGGUUAUUUGAAGUAAAAGAAGAAGAGGAAAAAAAGACUUUUUAUUGUGACAAAUAAUAUUUAAAGCAAAACAUCGUACGCAAAUGCAUGUUGUGCAUCAGGCAAGGUGCGUCCACACGUGAUGCGCGAGAAAGAAAGGAAAACAGUAGAAGCAAGGAGAAGUAAAAAAGAAAAAAAAACAACCACAGAGAUAUAUUUGUACUAAAAGAAACGUUGUAGAAAACAGGGUGGAAACAAUGCACAAAACGACGACAAAUGAUGAAAUGCAGAAGGUUCUAUUUUAGUCACAAGUGACGAACGUAUCCCGAAUCCUAUCCUGUCCGGUAGUCCCCCUAAACUACUGGGACCCUGUUGACGACGAUACCUAAGGAACAACUGGAACAGGAUGGACCUUUUUGUAGUUCAGCUCUUUUUUUGUCAUAUUGAAAAACCACGCUAUUCCCACCUAUUUAUCAUACCAGAUUCGAUUCAUGUUGGCAUUUCUUACUGCCAGCGCUUUUCUUCUAUCUUUCUGUGUUUGUUUUAUUGUUCCUCUUUUCUGUUUCAGCAUUAAACUAGUGUUUGUACCCUUUCCUUUUUUUAUUGGCUAAGGUUUUGCAAGAACGAUAGGAAGUUGUGGCGAUAAAAAAUAUUAUUUUACAAUAACAUAACGCAUAGCAUACUUAUAUACCUUUAAUGUAUGGCCGUAGAUUCUAUUUGAUAGCUUCGCAAUAAAGCGAACCACGGUGCCGCGUUUUGUGCAACGCAGCGAAACGAUUGUAAAACACUAAAAUGUGAUUUUACUUUUGGUUAUGAUUUUCCCUUUCCUCCAUGUUUUGUUUCGUUUCGACAGAUAAAAUCCACCCAAAACACAGAAUAUACUCCUUGUGAUACGCAAGAACCACAAUCUGAUCUCAGUUUUGUUUAUCUCCCGGCGCUCACACACAAUAUGUGUGAGAUACAGUUUCAUCGUACAUUUGAUAUGCAAUUUUGUAGUCGCAGGAGGAAUUGCUUCACUUUAAUUUGCAAAAAACAAAACAGAACCCUCACUGUUCCCCCAAAAAUGUAGGCCGGGGUGUAGAAGAAUGCAGGGUGGGAGGGUAAAACCAAUUACAAAAACUUAAUCAACACAUGGUACAAUCGAGACGGGCGUCCUGGUUUUUAUUUAAUUACCUUGCCAGCUUCCAACCUGUUUGCAAGGAGAAGGAACAAGUUAAAAAUAUUAAAAAAAAAAUACAAAAAUGUAUGCAACUUUGAGAAACCCCGCAACCAUUAAACACACAAAACCACGUACAGAAGGUGAAACAAAAGCAAAAAACAAAAAACAAAACAAAAUGGAUAAAAAACGGCAAAAAUAACAACCACACGCAAAACAGACACGCACCGACAAGAGAAAGAAAGAAAAACAAAACAACAAAAACAUCCACUGAAUAUGAAAAAGGAUGAAGAUGCUGAUGAAACUCAGACUAAAGGUUAAACUAUAUUUGACAUGAAAAAAUCAAGAAAAAGGGAGGGAAAAUUGUAGCAAGUAAAAGGGACAAAAGGUGCGCUAAAGAGUGCGUAACAAAAACAAACAAAAAAAAACAGAAGAAAACAAAACGUUGAGAAAUAAAAUGUGAAAAAUUAUAUUUACUGAAAACCGUAAGUGGUUAAUUUUCC